AUGUCAGUUUUCCCUCAGCUCAACAUCCCGCCAGAGCUCCUACAGGAACUCUCCAAAUAUGCCACACCAACCGGAAUAGCCGACUAUGCCGCCCUCGCAGUCCUAGGUGGAGUCAGCGCGGGAUAUCUAUCGCGUGGGCUGCUAUGGGACAAACCAGACCCAUACCACCACCUCUGGUUUGAAAGACCCCAGCUUAAAAACGGUGGACAGCUAGGAUCAGCAAGCAAAGAGACCAGGAAUAUAGCCCAGAAGCUGGAAGAGACAGAGAAGGAGGUGGUUGUCUUCUGGGGAUCACAGUCUGGUACAGCAGAGGGCUUUGCUCAUCGUCUUGCACGGGAGAUCUCCAUUCGAUGGGGUCAGGAGGCUAUGACGGCUGAUCUGUCGGAUUAUGAUCCUGCCACGACCAGUGAGAUUCCGAAUGCCAAGUUGGCCAUCUUUGUUGUCUCGACUUAUGGUGAGGGUGAUCCCAGUGAUAACACUGCCGAGUUUUGGAGCUGGAUCUCGAAGGCAGGUGAUGUGUCGUUGGCGAAUCUGCGGUAUGCUGCUUUUGGCUUGGGAAAUACCAACUAUAAGUUCUAUAACCGUGUUGUUGAUGUUGUCGUUGAAGGUCUAGAGAAGCUUGGUGCGCAAGCUCUCAUGCCGGUUGGAAAGGCCAAUGAUGCAGAGGGUGCCACAGAAGAAGACUUCAUGGCUUGGAAAGAAGAUUUGUUCAAGGUCUUCAAGGAGAAUCUUGGCUUCGAAGAGGCAGAGGUCAAGUAUAUCCCGAGCCUGAGUGUCGAAGAAGAUGAAUCUCUCGAACCAAUCGACCUCCAUCAUGGUGAGCCCAACAACCGAAACGAGGCUCCCAAGACUGCUGCUCAAUCCUCGGCCGUUCGCACACUGAACAUCGCUGGAUCCAGAGAACUCUUCACUGCAUCUGACAGACACUGCCUCCAUAUGGACAUCGACCUGAGCAGCCAGCCUGAAUUGAGCUACAAAACCGGAGACCACCUCGCCAUAUGGCCAGGUAACCCUGACAUCGAAGUCGAGCGUCUCCUCGACGUCCUCGGUAUCUCAUCUCGGCGCGACAUCCCACUAGGCAUCAAAGCCCUCGACCCAGCAACAAAGAUCUCAAUCCCAACUCCAACCAGCACCAUCGCCCUCUUCCGUUACUACUUGGAGAUUUGCGCCCCAGUCAACCGCGACAGCGUCCGCAAUCUAGCCCAAUUCGCCCCAACCCCCAAAGCAAAGACCUACCUGCUGAAUCUCGGUAAAGACAAAGAGACCUAUGGCACCUUCAUGAAUCACACGCACAUCAACCUUGGCCGCCUCCUGCACCUAGCAUGCCCCGACAAACCCUGGUCUGCCCUCCCUCUCUCCUACCUUGUCGAAACCCUCCCAUACAUAAAACCACGCUUCUACUCCAUCUCCUCCAGCAGCGUUGUCUCACCGCGCAAACCAUCCAUCACAGCAAUCGUCUCCACAUCUCCAUUACCAGAUAAUCCCACGGAACUAAUCCACGGCGUGACAUCCAACUACCUUCUCGCCAUUUCCCAACAAGCCAAUUCCCAGUCCCAUCUCGGCGGCAUCACAUACCACCUCAAUGGACCGGGUGAUUCACUACAAGGCGGAAAGGUCUUCGCUCAUAUCCGUCGCAGCAAGUUCAAGCUACCAGUCACCGGCAAGACGCCGCUGGUGAUGGUCGCGGCUGGUACGGGUCUAGCACCGUUCCGUGCAUUUCUCGCUGAGCGCUGUCAGGUAUUGAAAAUUGGAAAAGAGGUUGGGCCAAUGAUUCUGUUCUUUGGUUGUCGAGAUCCGAAAGAGGAUUAUAUCUACCGUGAGGAGUUGGAGGAGAUGCAGCAGGUUCUUGGGGAAAGGUUGAGGGUUGUGACUGCGUUCUCUAGGCUUGAGGGGUCGCCCAGAAAGUAUGUCCAGGAUCGGGUUGCAGAGCUUGGAAUGGAUGUUGUUAAGCUUCUUGAUGAGGGGGGUAACUUUUAUGUUUGUGGACGGGCUGGGAUGGCGAGGGAGGUCGAGAAGGCUGUUGGGGUAACCAUGAGGGCUGUUAAGGGGUGGAGCGAUGAUGAGGUUAACAAUUGGAGUAAAACUAUCAAGAAAAAGAAUAAAUGGCAAGAAGAUGUUUGGGGGUGA